AUGUGGUUAGUCAGUGAGCGUCGGGGCCGAGCCGACGGCGAGGGUACGGAACACGAGCUAAGAAGUGCGGGAGAGCCGCGCUGGUCGCUCAGCCAGCGCGCCGGCCACAGCACGGUGGAGUUCAAGAGCGCGGCGUGCGCGGGGGCCGCCGAGCCACCCGCGCCGCCUCUGGCCGCCCUGCCGGACCCGCAGCAGUUCAACAUUUUUCCGGCCUUCUUCAGCCGGCAGCUCAACUUCACGGGCGGCGGUGGCUGCGGACAGGGCUCCAAGAUCAUGGAGGAGUUGAGGCCGAACCUAGUCGGUGGCCUGCUCGGUGUGCCAGGAUUGCUGGACGAGCAUCAGUCGGACGCCAAAUUUUUGCCGUCUGGUGGUGAGAGCAAAUACACUCCUGACAAGGGUCGGAAGUGCAGCAACGCGUCCUCGUCGUCUGCAGAAGAGUUCGGUGGACUGUACGGCGGAGAGCAUGCAGCGACGCCGCCCGCGCCUCCCCUCAGCCGUUCCUUACAGGAUCACUCAGCGGAAGGUGCUUUCAAAAAAUUAAAACCUGAGCCCGGCGGGAACAACACGGGGUCAUCGGGGGGCACGUCAGCAUUAUCACCAGCGCUGGGCCCGCAGCACGCCGGCCACACGCCCACUACUGCCUCGUGUCCCACGCCGGCGCGACGGCGCCAUAGGACCACAUUCACACAGGAACAAUUAGCAGAAUUAGAAGCAGCAUUCGCAAAAUCACAUUACCCUGACAUUUACUGCAGAGAAGAGUUGGCGCGGACGACCAAACUGAACGAGGCUAGGAUACAGGUCUGGUUUCAAAACCGGCGCGCAAAGUAUCGUAAGCAAGAAAAGCAGUUGCAAAAAGCGCUAGCGCCAGCGGUGCUGCCCGGCUGCAACGGCAUGAUGCGCAACAUCCAGGGCUACAGGGGCUACCAGCCUUACCCACACCCCAACACCAUCAACAGAUAUCCCCAGCACCACGGAAGCUACGAGGAGCUGCAGAAGGACAUAUUCUCGCUGUCACAGAUGGGCGGCGGCUCGUACCCCAUGCCGCAGGGUUUUUCUAUGGGACACAGCGCCAAUAUGAGCGCUGUCGGCAUGCGACAGGAUACUAUGGGAAUGAGCGCGGAAGAUGAAUGGUACAACAAGUCACUGUCAGCUCUCCGGAUGAACAGCGGGCACCACGCGAACCUGGCCGCGGCGCCGAUGCUGCAGUACCAGACCUAAUCGCUGCUGCACGGCGCCGACUACUCGCCGGCGCCGGCGCACGACUACGCCCCGCCAUAGUCGCCGCCGCCUGAGCACAGGCUAAAUACGCGACCAGUAGUUCAACUGCCUACAACAUGAAACAAUUUGUUUACGAUUAAGAACCGUCAAAGGCGAGAGGUAAAUUUCGGUGCACAUUUUUGUCCAUCAAAAUGGAACAGUGCCUAGUGUGAGUUGUCAAAGAUUUACAUUACUAUUUAUUAUUUAAAUUUAAUAUUUAAAUUUGUAAGUUUUGAAAUUCCGUGAAUCUCCGAAACCAUCCGCUAGAGGCGCUGUUAAGUUUUCAAUACAAAUUAUCGAGGUUAACAUCGACUCGAUAAUGGUUAUAUUAAUCCUAUUACUACAUAUUAUAAAUAAGAAAGUUUGUAAGGAAUAAUGAAUGGAUGAGCAACCAUCUCGUUACUAUUUCAUCAGUUACUAUUUCAUUCAAAAACUAUUGAGCGAAUUGGAAUGAAAUUUGAUAUACGGAUAUAUUAUAUUCUAACUUAGCAAAUAGGAUACUUAAAUCUUCAUUCACGGGAGCGAAGCUGCGGAAUACAGCUAGUCUUGUAUAACUCAUACUAGGUACACAAUCUAUAAGUAUCGUUAAAGAUAGUUCACAGCUUACAGAAAUAAAAAAAUAUACGCGAAAAAAAAAUCGACCUCGUUUUUUUCGUUGGAAGACUUUUAUAUUAAACUUCAUCAGUUUUAUAAAAAAGAAGAUAACACUGUCACUAGCGUACGUGUUUAUUUUUAUAUAAUAAUUUAAUAACCUUACUCUUUUGAAUACUGGGACUCUUCCAUUAAAAAAAUAUAAUAUUUUGUACACAGUUGAACUACUGAUCACUUUUAUACUUGAAAAAUAAUCACGUUACCCGUGUAUAGUUUUCUGUAUUUGUCUAAUUACUUUCGAAUACUAAAUAAAAGCGUGUCUUAUUGAAAAUGAUCGUACGAUAACUGUUGAGGCUUUACCAAGUUGAUUUUGUAAUCGUCAUCGAUCAAAACUACCAUUUUAAAAUAGUUCUACAGUUGAUGAAAAUAAAGUAUCUAAUUGUAAAACUGUGAUGUGGAGUGUAGUAAUUAUGAACUAAAUGUACCAAUAUAUGCAUAUUUUUGUUUGUACUUACAGUACUAUAUACAGAGUUCAGUCAAAAUCAAGCAUCCUUCUAAAUGUUCAGACAAAUCUGACAAUGAAACUUAAUUUUUUCCCAUAGAAACGUCGAUCGAAAAUACAUAAAAAAUUCAUACCUUUCAUAUUAAUUUGAUAAUAGACUAAUCCAUAUUUCUUUCUAAAAAAAUCCAGUUUCCUUGAUAAAAUACUCUCUUAUAAUAAUUUCGAUUUCAACCUAAUAUAGGUUAUACGACUUAAUAAAUCUUUCAGAGAAAAUAAUUCUGUUAAAAGCAAUUUAAAAUUCAAUUGUGCAAAAAAAAUUCUAAAGGAAUUACCUUUAACGGCAAAUCCCUUAUAAAAUAAAUUGGUCUUUACGUACAAUAUAUAGCAAAUUUAUUAAUAAAUAUAUAUUAACAAAUCCAAAUUAAUAAAACACGCUCAUAAAAUUAUAUGAUUUCGAUUAUAUCAGUUAUACACAACACAAAUCAAUUUUGUAUAAUUAUACAAAUCUAUGAAACGAACUUAAUGCCAACUUAACAAUAGCACAAAUAGUGCCAACAUAAUUAACUAUAAAAAAAAACUGCACAAAGCAAUGAGAAAAACAAAAUGUAUAUAAUCUGUGUUCUUAUAAUUUUAAGUUUUAGAUAUAAAUGUAAUGAAAAAAAUACAAUUAAUUGAUAUGUUGCACAAAACUUGUCCGUUUAAAACAUAUCUCAUGUCAUGAAGGCGACCGCUGUCAUUGUACAAUGACAUUCCAUUGAGGUUGCUAUGCCAAACAGGAGGACUUAGAUAUAUACUUAAACUGUUAAUAAAACAAAUGGGCAUUAUAAUUUACAAUAAUUGUACAUAUUCAUAACUUUGUUAACCCGAUCGAUUCGUACGACCUAAACAUUUGUCGAAUUAAGAGCGCGCUUGUUACAGACAAUUUAAUAAGCCACUUCUGACGUAUAUCAAAAUAGAAGAACUCAUGGCAUAGACCAAGUUAAACUUUAAAAAAAAUUAUGAAUGAUUGAAUUAUUUUUAAUACAUUUAUAUAUAAUUAAUUUGUGUAUUGACUCACUUAUGAAUAAAUUAAUUGAAGAUUAAUUUCUUACGAUUAAUUAUUGAGUUAACUAAAUAUUAAAUAUUUUAAUUGUUAGUUAAUUAGUUAAAAUUAACGAUUGCAUCAACCAUUCUCUGACUGAAUGGUGACAGCUUACAAACAAAAUGCUUUACUACGGUAGAGACAUUCUUCUAUAAUGAAAGUGAUUUAAAAACCCUUGUCAUCAGAGGGCGCCACUCGCGCACUGUGUAAUAAUUAAUUGUUAUUUUUUUAAAGACGUGCAAUAUGCAAUAUUAAAGAUUAUAUGCGCCUGCCGAAAUUAACUUAUAAAUGUCAAAAAUGGCCUAUUAGCUUAUCUGUGCCGUAGCGUUUAUAGGUAUAUAGGUACAAAUAGUAUUAUAAUUUAUUAUGGAACAUUUGUUUCACGAUACACGUAUACUGUGUAUGCUAGUCAUAUUGUACAGGCAUUUUAAAUUGACUAAGUGAUAAGUAAUGUAUUUUCUUGAUUGUUGUAUUGAUUGAUAUAAAUAAAAUCACAAUUUUGAUAGCUGCAAACAUACAAUUACUUACAACAAAAAAAAAAACAUUUUAUACAAAAAAGGACUGUUCCCACUAGUCCCAUAAUAGGACUGCUGAAUCUGAAAUCUUUUAAAUUAAUUUGAUUUAAUGUAAUUUGGAACGUUACGAUUAGAAAAAUAAGCUCUUAAUUAUUGUUAACAUAUAAAGUACCAAGAGAACAUAACUAUGCAAUAGUAAUGUAGUUAUUGAGUUUAUUAAGUUAUUGAAUUACGAAAGAGAUUUAUCGAGCAAGAAUGAAUAGAGAUGUCGAUAGGGGCCGCCCUAGACGGACGUAUGUUGACCAAAUAGGCGACGUGCUGAAGAAGGGCCAAAUUAAAAGUAUCCGUAACCGGCGAGCGUGUAUGAAAAGAUUGACGAAUGUGGAAGAAGCGAAAGAGGUUUGUUUGAAUCGAAGCAUUUGGCGUUCCAUUGUUUCUGCCUAACCUAAUGGAAGACAGGCGUGACAGAUAUGUAUGUAUGUAUGUAAUAUUGAGUUUUCGUGAAAAUACUUAAUGAAAUCACAUAAUAAUAUUAUCUCCAGAAUUGUUCUGCUCUCCGUGUAAGGGAUAUCAACUGGGUAUUGACCUAAAUAAAUAAAUAAUAUGUAUGAAUACACCAAAAGAGCACCUACAAGUACAUACAAAAUACAUCGAUAAUUAAAAUUAAAACUAUUCCAAAUAAACUCAAGAAUGAAAUAUAAAAAAAGUCAUGUUUAUCUUAUAUAUGAAUUAUAGAGUAAAAAAAUACAAGCCCAUACAAACCUCACAUUUUAGUAUUUAAAUCGAUUUAAUUUCAAAACUUUCAUACUUUGACACAUUAUGUUCUUUGAUAAUAACUAUUCGAAUUUAUAAAUACUAUUUAAUAUUUAGAACUAUUAUUUUCAGACAGAAAUAAUAUUUUCUAAUUUAUAACUACUUGAAAACAUUUUGCAGCUAUCAAAAUCGAUUGACAAUUAUUUUUCGCAAAACAUGCCUAUGUAAAUAUAAUACGUUUUGCAUGAUAUAAUUUAAGGUGUUAACAGCUCAACGAUAUAGGAAUGUCAACAAUUAGUAAAAUUAAUAUUAAGAGGCCAUUACCAUAAGGAUCUUUAUUGCCAAAAACGCUAGUCACUGCAAACGAAACUUUCUCGAUUUGCUAUGAUAAAAAAAAAACACUUCAUAUUAUCGUAGUCUAAUAUUGUAUACAAGAGCUAAAACCUGAUUUGGAUCUUUCACGACACAAAACCAUAUCAAUUAAGACUGUUUUGGCAAAUAUAACCAUUGAAUGGCCAUCCUGUGCAUUUCGUGUAAAUAUAAUUUAAG